AGCAUUGUCUUCCAACCGAUCAUUAGCUCGCGCGCGUGAGUCGAAUGUUCGCAUUUCCCGUUAUCAUCUUGCGCUAGCCGCGUGCGUGCGUGUUCAGUGUUCCGUCACGAGGUGGAGAUCGAGGUUUUACGGUCCAAUUUCGUCCACCCAGAGGUCGGCAGGAACGUUUUCUCCGUAGCGCCUUUAUUUACCACGCACAGUGAAAAUGUCCUUUCGGCGCAUCCUCAAGUAUGGUAUCGGCGGAAGUGCCAUCCUCGGGACGGGUCUGAGUAUGCACGCGAACGAUUACGACCUCAACUCGGUGGGCAUCGUGCGACUGGCACGGGCCGGGAUGACCGUGUUCGACAUUGCCACCACCUACAAGGCGAACCUGUACAGUGGCACAUGGCCAGACAAAAAAGCCUCCGAGUACCUGAAACUGAAGAGUGAAACGCACAGAUUGGCGGCAGAAAAGUUGCUAGAACUGUGCCGCACGAACCGCGGGGUUUACAUCAAGGUUGGCCAACACAUCGGCGCGCUUGAGUACCUGUUGCCGGCCGAGUACGUUACCACGAUGAAAGUUCUGCACAGCAACGCUCCACAAAACCCGGUCGAAGAUCUGUACCGUGUGAUUCGACAGGAUUUGCGCAUCGAACCGAGCGAACUGUUCGAAUCGUUCGAUCCGGAACCGCUCGGCACUGCCUCGUUGGCCCAGGUCCACAGGGCAACGCUAAAGGAUGGCCGCGAGGUGGCAGUGAAGGUACAGCACCCGUACGUCAAGGGAAACUCAAUCGUGGACAUCAAAACGAUGGAAGUGCUUGUGAAGCUGGUCGCGUGGACGUUUCCCGACUUUAAGUUUCAGUGGUUGGUGGACGAAUCGAAGCGCAACCUGCCGGUAGAGCUGGACUUUGCCCACGAAGGCCGCAACGCGGAGAAGGUGCGCGAAAUGUUUCGCCACUAUCGGUGGCUGAAGAUACCGGGUGUGAUCUGGGAGUACACCACGUCCCGGGUGCUGAUGAUGGAGUACACGAAGGGCGGACAGGUGAACGAUAUCGAGUACAUCCAGCGGGAGCGGCUGGACCCGUACGAUAUCGCGAACAAGAUCGGUCAGCUUUACUCGAAUAUGAUUUUUGUGAACGGCUUCGUUCACAGCGAUCCGCACCCGGGAAACAUUCUGGUGCGGAAGGCGGAGGGAAACGGAGGGACUGAGAUUGUGCUGCUCGAUCAUGGUCUGUACGCGGAGCUGACGGAAAAGUUUCGCUACAACUACUCGCAACUGUGGCUCAGCAUUCUGCGUGUCGAUCAACCGGCCAUGAAGCGAUACGCACACGCACUCGGCGUGGAGGGAUCUAUGUGGGGCCUGUUCGCUUGCAUGGUGACGGGCCGCCCCUGGAACUCGGUCAUUCACGGAGUGGACAAAGUGAAACAAGACGAUGAAGAGAAAGAAAUGAUGCAAAAAGAGGGAAAACUUGUCCUGCCACACAUUUCCGACGUCCUGGAAAAGGUUGAUCGGCAGAUGCUCCUCGUGCUGAAAACGAAUGACCUUAUACGGGGCAUCGAAACGACACUGCGCACCCAAAACAGAAUGACUGCAUUCUUUGUGAUGUCUAAGUGCUGCGUCAAGAGUAUAGGCGCACAAGAGUAUCUGACCGCACCGAGUACGUGGAGCAAGCUCGCGAUCUGCCUGCGGGAACAGUGGUCCAUACUGAAAUUGAACCUGUAUUACCUCUAUCGGGGGAUCGUCUCCUUACAUUUACUCUCGACUCUCAAGAUGAUCCUCUAAGACGAUCACCUAGCAGAAGGCAGCAGAAAACGAUCAAACGACAAAACGUGAACAAAAACUCAAUACCGAAAUACAGUCUCAGGAAGCUAUACGGAGGAUGGCAGCCGGCGCGGGCUGCUUUAAUUUUGGGUGCUUAAGAGUAAUUAGCGAAUCGCGAUAAAAAAUGUAUAUUCUGCUAGCUUUAUUACUUACCGUCUUCAGGGGAUGUAAUGCUGCGCUUUGCACGUUUUUUUUGUGGCGGUUAUUUAUAAUGCGUAUUUUUUACAAACAUUUAUGUUUAGGAAGUUAACAAUCAAUGACGACAGUCGGGCAUUGGAGGGAUUUCAUCAUAUCGAUCGGCUUUUGGCACAUGUUUUGCGACAGUUUCGUGGUCGAUCCGUAAUUAAGUGUACAGAUUGUUAGCAACUUUUUUUUGUUUCUCAACAGUGGGUUAUUAGCUUACCGCAACAAUUGUUGUGUAAAUGUGUACAGAAAAUAAAAGUUUGUAUACUCUCUUUUUCUGGAGGAACGAGAUUGA